UUGUUUAUCAAUAUAAAUGUAUCGAUAAGGCGCUCGCGGCCUCUGUAAAGUAAUGCGAAAGAGAAGCGAAGACAUGUCCGCCGUGCUCAACGCGUUCCUGCGCUGCGUCGCGUUCCUGCUGCCGCCCUCUUGGCUCCAGUUUUGCUGGUGGGUUGGGGAGGCGUCAUGGCCCAAUCCCAGAGCUCGAUUCAAACACACAAAGCCUCUUACAUAUGAGGAAGUAGCAGCUCAAGACGAGCCCGAACGCGUCGCUUCUUCCUCCUCCUCUGACCGCGCCGCGUCGCCGCGCAGAUUUCUGACGCUCCGCUCCGCGGUGGAGCGCGUUGUUUCGGCCGUCUGUGAUCUGCACACGCGUCUGGGGAGUUUGUGCUCGCCGUACCGCGUCGCUGUCGGUUCCCCCGCGGAGGAGGACGCGUUCACGCCCGCGAUCAUGAGCGUCGACACGCACCUGCGGGAGAUCAGCGCUCCGGUGACCAUCACUGUGGCGAUCCAGGCCGCGGAGGACGAGGAGCUCCAGGAGCCCGAGGAGGAGGACGCGUCAUGCGGGAACAUCGAGCUCCUCACGGGCAGCGGCAGCGAGGACGAGCUCAGACACGACAAGUCCAGUGGCGCCGGGACCAGCGGUGGCGAGCUGGAGGAGGAGAGCUGGCAGCCUCCGGACCCGGAGCUGAUCCACAAACUGGUGGUGCAGAUCGAGUUUUAUCUGUCGGAUGAGAAUCUGGAGCACGACGCGUUCCUGCUCAAACACGUGCGGCGCAACAAGCUGGGCUUCGUCAGCGUGAAGCUGCUCACCUCCUUCAAGAAGGUCAAGCACUUGACGCGGGACUGGAGAACCACGGCGUACGCCUUGCGUCACUCAAGCCUGCUGGAGCUGAACGAAGAGGGCCGGAAGGUGCGGCGCAGGUCAACCGUGCCGGUUUUCGCCAGCGAGUCUUUACCGAGUCGGAUGCUGUUGCUCAGCGAACUGAAGCGUUGGCCGGAGCUCGACGUAGCGUUCGGAGGAGACGCCGGUAACGGAGGCCCGACCCAACAGGAGCGGCUCAUGGAGCUUCUUCUGAAGGCGUUUGGAAACUACGGGCCGAUCGCCUCGGUGCGGGUCCUCAAACCCGGGAAGGACUUGCCGGCGGAUCUGAAGAAGCUGAGUGGGCGUUAUUCCCAACUGGGAACGGAAGAGUGCGCAAUCGUAGAGUUCGAAGAAGUGGAGGCGGCGAUGAAAGCCCACGAGGCGUUCGGCAUAGACGGAGGAAUGAAAGUGGUUCUGAUCGGCACCAAACCUCCGAAGAAAAAGGUCCAGAAAGACCGGCAACGAGAUGAAGGCGGCCUGCGUAAAAGUCGCUCGCUCAACAGUCGCGUGCGAGAGCUUCAGUAUCUCGGAGGCGACGACUCCGCCGCUAGCUCUUCGGAAACGGAAAGCAAUCCUACAUCGCCUCGUUUAUCACGCAAGUCGCGUUCCUGCAACAAGCUCAGUCCGACAAGCGCCGGUCCGAAUCAUCUCAGCCCGGUUGUUUCGCCGCGCUCGAGUCCGUGGAGCAGCCCACGCGCAAGCCCGUGUUCCCAACGGAAAACGCACCACUCUGGGAAGUCUCCGCUAGCUAGCGAGGGUCGUUUGAGUCCGGAACCGGGCCGGCGUUGGGCGGACUAUUCCUCGGAUAGCAGCUUGACGCCGUCGGGAAGCCCGUGGGUCCAGCGGCGCAAGCAAGUGGCGAGCCAGGAGAGUAGCCCGGUGGGAAGCCCGAUGCUAGGCCGGAAGAUCCAGAACGCCGACGGGCUUCCCCCGGGAGUGGUCCGGCUCCCGAGAGGUCCAGACGGGACUCGAGGCUUCCACUGUCCUGGACCCGGGAAAUCUGCGUCCACGCAAACCUGAAGACUCCUGUCGUCAACUCUCACACUCUCUCAACUCAACGCAUCUCUGUAGGACUUUUGUAAAACCUUUUUCUAUGCUAUUUUUGUUAACGUUUUAUACAUCUUAAUUUAACUGAUUUCCUCAUUGAAUGAUGGCAUCACGACAAAGGGAAGCCGUUCUGAAAGUAUUUAAGUUUUUAAAAAUCGCCUCCGUAUUUUUCCCCGGUGUUGGUUCUGAUCUCGGUAACACCACCAUUUGCCUUUUCUGAUGAUGCCGUGGACGUAAUCUCCUGGGAUAACCCCCCCACCCCCAACCCCCCCGGCGCUGGAAAUCCCUGAAGGAAUAUAUUUGCUUUAUCUUCUGUUUUGUUUCUGCCUUUAAACGUGCUUCUCAUUUUAGUGAUUUAUGGAUCUCUUUUUUCUUUUCCUUUCCUCUGUUCUUGGGUUCGAGUCCUCUCUGCUUCCUCGCAGUGAAAGAGUGUUUGAGGUUUCUGUCCUGAGCACUAAUGCCUCGUAUCUGCCUUCAUCUGAGUGAAGGCAUCGCACAGUCUGCUUCCGUACUGUACAAAUAAAUCACUACAAUCGCA